ACGACUCGAUAACGACUAUUAAAUUUUCUUGUUAUAAAUUUUAAUAAAUUUUCGUAACAAAAUGUUUUCCAUUUUUAAAUCAAAAGUUCCCAAACCAUCACUGUCAUCAAGUUCAAUUGCAAGUUCGCCACAAACAACCUCAAAAAAAGUGGACGACGAAGUGUCCAAUAAAUCAGCCAGUUCUUGUGACCCACGUGACCACUUGCUGUUGGACGCCGUUAAAACUUUGGAAAAAAUGAUGAUCACCCAGCAACAACAAUUCGCUCAACUUUACGACCUUUGCGAAUCCAGAUUUAAUAAGAUUGAACGCCAAGGGAAGCUUAUUCAGAAGUUGGAGGCAGAAAAUAACUCUCUCCACGACAGAUUAAACCGUUUUCAGGAGAAUGAUACAAGUUACCGGGAAUUGCUCAACAAAAAUUUGGAUCUAAUUAUUGAACGGGUUAAAAACGUUGAGACAGAAAUGUAUGGAGUACAAGAAGAGAAUAUCAAGGGGAAGACGCCGAUAACUCGCAGUAUGAUAAUGUCACUACAAGCGAAUCAGGGAAUAGAGAAAAACCAUUUGUCACCAAAAAUAUUAAAGGAUCAACCCUUGCCCAAUGACGGGGAAGAAAUUUUGCAGCAUGGUCCAACACCACGUGGCAACUUAAAAAUUCCUGAGAUGAAGACUACGAACAUUCCUAGUUUACCUGGACCCAACAGCAGCGCACUGACUGGAUCGAAUGAAUUAACUCUGUCGCCCGCUGGAAGUUCUGCAAAAGCAAAACACUUUGAAAACCCAACCGGAACUAUGGGAAUGAGGACAGAGGUAAACUUACCAUUUACACUUUACGCUGCCAGCGUGCAUUUGGGAAAACUGAACCAACCCAUGGUAAAGUCCAUCUUCAAACAAUGCUAUCUCCGGAGCUGGACGCCCACACAGGAUCUUCUUUGCGACCUGGAAUUUUACGAUGGACGAAUGGGACCUGACCUUAGAAAGAAGGAACAUAUUUAUGUACCCGCGAAAUGCAAAACUUGCCAGCUUAAAUUUUCCUUCACGAUUAAACACAAACCCCAGGAGGGCAACGACUUUACUCUGAUCAUGAGGACAAGAAACGGAAUAUGUCAUGCUCCCAAGUGAAAAAAAAUAUGUUGGAAUAAUAUUUCUUGCUCACCGGAUUGAGAGAAGUUCUAAAAAAAUGUGUCUAUCUCAAACAUUGAAUAAUUUAUACUAUAUAACCAUAUGUACAUGCAAUUUAAUCAUUACGAAAAUCGUCUUUUCCUUGUCCACCACAAUAAACUCGAUACAUAAAUGUUACACAACGUAUUAUUUAAUAUUACAUAAAUUGAGGUAAACUUUUCUUUACAAAUUUUGUAACAAUCUACACUUUACAAUUUAUUUAAUUUUGUAACAAGGAUUUUUUACAACCGUUUUAAUCAAUCACAAUACAUACAUUUGUAUAAAGAUUAUUUAUAAUAAGCUAAAAUUUAACUGAAACGAAUUAACUAUA